UGCUUUGACAGCUGUGCCAUUUCGAAUAAUAGGUCUCUUUCUUGUCCAUCAAGUCGCGUUUUCUCUCGUGGACGCGUUUAUCUGACAAAUCAGGUUUGCGUAUUUUCUGUCGCUGGAGAGAGUAUUGGAUUUGGGAAAUUUUGAAACAUUACACGAAACGUGUAUUCCGAGGGGUCAUCUCUGAGGUUACAGAAAUCCCAUGAAGCCUAGGCAACGCUUACAGGUGAUCACUAUCCAUCAAUAAGAACAAAACAGGAGGAUUUGAAGAGAUUUUAAUUUUUUUAUGCUGGUAUAUCGGCACUGCUUACGAGAGUGUGCUUUCGAACUUCAAGGGGAGCCAUGUAAAUUAACAGGAAGUCACUCAAAAUACUUCUGUUCUCAUCCUAAGAAAUAAGAUUGGGAAGGUCUCUUCCGAUGUUGGGAAAUGGGCACUGGAGCUAGCAGCGGAGGAUCACAAACAGGCUCGAACCCCAAUGUCAAGGAGGGCUCCACACCAUCAGCUGAGGACAAAUUAUCGAGGAAAACGUCUUCAAUUUCGAAAAAACACUCCAAUGGCUUCAUAACAUUAAGUUAUGAGCCAACAAAUACACCACUUAUUCGGAAGCGGGGCUUUAUCAAGGAAGGAUUUCCCAUUCAUGGGCUUAUUCAAGACAAAUAUUUUCUUAUUAAAGAUCAUUUUGAUGGAAUCGACAAGCUCAAGACUUUGGACUUGUACGGGGCUCCGAAUUUUCGAAAGAGUCGGGGUCCCUAUCCGGUCUACGGAAUGGGUCAACCGUCCAGAGAUGGAUUAGCACAAGUUAUUCAAACUCUGGUUGAAAAUGGACAUAAGGAAAUUGUCUCAUUUAACUUGAGAGAGGAGCCAGUGAUAUUCGUUGGUCUCAAUCACGACUUUGUGCCAUACUCUCCACGGGACCCGACUAGCCUGAAGGGAAACAUCGCUAAUCACGGAGUGAAACCUGAGGAAUUGGCAGAGACAGAGCUCAAAAUAAGAGAGGAGAUAAUCAGGUUUUCAAUCGAUGAAGGAGGUAAAUUUUAUUUCUACAAUAACGUGGAAACGUUCGAGGACGAACCGCACACGUACAACGUCGCAUACGAAGAGGAUUUGUGUGUUUUGGAUGAGAUAUACAGCAGACAAAUCUUCCUUACCCCUCUCCUCAGGUAUUCUCGGAUCCCUAUAACUGCCACAAACGCUCCAGAGGAGCAGGAUUUUGACCAGUUCAUCACUGCCAUUAAGGACAUACCCCAGUUGUUCGACAAGAAUUCCUCAGCUCCUCUGCCGGCCAUGUUGUUCAACUGUCACGUGGGCCAAGGUCGUUCCACCACAGGCAUGGUCAUUGGAUGUCUGAUUACUUCACAUAGGACUGGCUUCCCAACUGAAGCACACGCCAUUCCAACGCCUAUGGACGAAAACAACCCGAAUUUGGAGAAGGGAGAAUUCAGAAUAAUUCAACAGUUAGUGAAAAAUCUUCCCAAUGGAACACAGAUAAAACACGAGGUUGAUUCAGUUAUCGACAUAUGUUCUGACGUCAUGAAUCUGCGGUCUGUCAGCUUUGAAUGUAAAUGUAAACUAGAAGAAAUAAAGGAUGACUAUAAAAUUGAGGGUCAUAGUGCACGUGAAUACUGGUUAAGAAGAGGUCUGAGUGCCCUGGAAAGAUAUUUCUUCUUGAUACUCUUUAACGCCUACUUACACGAGCAGUUCCCACUCAUGUUUGCUCAAACGUUCCGGAAAUGGAUGCAGCACAGGCCUUGGCUCUACAGAAUGUUGAGUCAUAUUGACGUCAUGGAGAAAGGAGUGACGUCAGAAUUUACGUCUAAAUACCAAAAUCAAACUUGUCUGGUUGCUGAUGAACAAGUCAGUCUUGAUGUUUUAAGCACUCAGCGGGAGUUUGAGGUGUCGAAUUUCCGCAAGGUUCACGGAUUCCCUAUUUAUGGCAUGUGUCAGCCGUCAAGACAGGGCCUAAACAAUGUUGCACAUUAUCUUUUGGGUCCAAAAUGUCUUCAUCCCAAAGUCGUUUUCUUAAAUCUAAGAGAGGAUCUUGUCGUGGACUGUGAUGGAAGUACAUUUAGUCCAAGAGAGUUAUCAAGUCUGUGUGAGCAUAUGCCUUUCAGAGGACUGGACACUUCUGAGAUUGAGCAAAAGGAGAGCGAACUGAAGUCAGAACUACUCAAGAAAGGAAAGAGACAAUACACACAGGUGUACACUGACAUUCAGUAUGCUCCCCAGGAGAGAGAUUUUCACAGUGUCAUAACAGCGCGUGAAGCGGCAGAGCUCUGCAUGGCAAAGAAUCCCCAGAUGCUGUAUUUUAGAAUGCCAUUGUCAGAGGACAAAGCGCCGGAGGAGAAGGACUUUGAUCGAAUUUUAACAAUAAUGAACAGCCUGCAUGAGAUCUACACUGACGAAGAUGGCCCUGCUAUCGUCUUUAACUGCGAGAUUGGCAAAAGUCGAACGACCACCGGAAUGGCAAUAGCAGCACUGAUUUACUGCAACAAAAGGGGCUUUCCUGUUGGCACGAAGGUGGAUGAACAAGAUCCAGCUUGUGUCCCAAAUGCUAAGUACACACUGGGUGAAUUUUCGGUUAUUCGUCACCUUAAGAGAGUUCUACCUUUUGGUCCACAGAGAAAACGUGAAGUUGAUUAUGUGUUGGAUAGAAUUUCAGAGACAAUGACACCCAUGCAUUAUCACUCAAGAGAAGUUAUAUUCUCUACAUUUAAUUUGUAUCGCAAUGGCGUGUGCAAGAACCGAGAGGAAAUUUCGGAGCUGAGAAAAAAGAGUCUCAACUUGUUGGAGAGAUAUUUCUACCUUAUCUUGUUUAAUACGUACUUGCACAUGGAGAGGAGAACCAAAUGGCAGCGUUCUUUUAGUCAGUGGAUGACUGAAGUUGCAACAGCUGCUGGUGUUUACGAGAUCCUCGACAAUUUUGGCUUCCAUGAUUUUGAAAAGACAGAGGAACGCUUGCGCGCCCUGCGCUGGAGAUGGCGGGAAAGUUACAAGGGCAAGCCGUCAUAUUGAUAAUUCGGCGCGAAAUGUAACUUCUACUCAGAGAGAGCACUGUGGACUAUGAAGGAAACGGAAAAGCGCCAAAAUUUCCGUCAAAACCGAAAAAUGGAAAUACAAUCGCUCCAACCAGAAAUUAAGGAUCUGAGCUGAAGACGCGAAAGAAUAUCAAAACCUAAAAAAUAGGAGAUUUUGUGCGCCUAUCUCAAUGAACAAAACCGAUAUAAACUGGUGCGCCUUUCUUACUGAUGUAUAAUAACUAAGGUUUAGGUGUAUUGUUACAUAUUUAUGAUCUCUAUUUAUCGUAAGUCAUUGAGAUGGUAGCUAGUUGUUAUUCCUCCCCUGAAUGAUACAAGAAUUCUGGAGAAUUGCAUGAGCGGACUCUGUCUUGAGCUGCUUCGCUGGGCAAUAAUGGGCUCUAGACUUGACAAAAGCCAAAGCAAUGGUAAAAACUGUAUAGAUAUUGCCCAAAGGAGAUUAGAGCAGACCACUAUUACGUCUGCAGUGCUAUUUUAUCUCUACCUUGCUGUAAAUAACCCACUGAUAACACGAGCGAACUUUAAAAUGAAUUAACUUGCGCUUUUUAUGGUAUUUACCAGAACUGCUCCUAUAGAAACUCUCUUGCCAAUCAAGAAUAACGGGAUCAUAAAUUUCUACAUCAUGAGUGUUUUUCAGUUCAUUCUGACGUGAAAUGAAAUACAAAUUUAAUAUUUGUAUCAGUUGAUCGAUAAAUUAUUAUCUCCUGAAACAAAAUAAGGAAAACAAAACAAAACAAAACAAAAAUGAAAAUUUUAUGGGAAGCGUUAGGCCCAAGUUAUUUUUGUGUUUAAAUU